AUGUUGCGGCGACGUCAUCGGCCCCUCGGAGGCUACUGCAACUUCUUGCGAUCGCCCCUUCAGGUGGAGCAGCAGCGGAUUACCAAGCCCCACCCAAUCGAGAUCUUGAACGUGAUAUUGUUGCCGACGCUGAGCAUUGUUAACUUGAUUCUCCUGCUUCGCAGCAGCGCGGGUGCGGUGGCCGGGCCAGUCGCGGAAGGCGAGAGGGGGCCAGUCCCAGAAGCUGAUCCCUGGGAAGACCGCGCGGCACCACCUCUCGGCCGAGCUGGACUCCGACAGGAGUCCUGCUCUGCAUCUUGA